UUAAGUUACAAUAAUGUGGAAAUGUGUAUUUGAACGCUAGUUUCUAACCGGACUUUCUAUUGCUAUCGGACAUUUGUUUCCAGGGGAAAUAUUUUCCUGUGACUCCAUGUGCGGCUCCAUGUGAGUGCAGCGAUGGCAGAUCAGCGGAGUAUAGAAGACACGCUGGAACGAUGUCUAAAGCUUUUAAAUACUAACACUGCACAUCCCGAGAUGUUUCUUAGUGUUCAGGAUGGAUUGGCAUCGGAAUUCACUUCCCUCACAAAGACUCUGUAUGAUGUGCACAAGGCACAUGAACCUGUGGAAACCAAGGGAAGCCCCCUGGAGCAGCUGGUGAUCGAGAACUUUGAUGAGGAGCAGAUUUGGCAAGAGUUGGAGCUUCAGAAUUUGCCCAUUCUGAGGCAUUUUGAGCUCACUGUUAAGAAGGCAACCAGUAAUAUGGAAAUUAUGAUCAUUGAGGAAGACGAGGACAACAGUGAGGAUGAAGUAGCCGAGGAUAACAUCAGUGAUGUAGAGGAGGAAUUGAGUGAGGAAGAGGAAGGGGAGGAAGAUGAUGAGCAAGUAGAGGAACAGAGACCAAAAGCCAAUAAGUCUUCAUCAAGGGUUGUAGAAAAGUUCUCAGAUGAGGAUUCCGACUUGGACUUUGAUGUGGAUGCAUUGGAGAAACAGGCCAAGCAGCGGCAACAGAUAAAACGGAAUACCAGAAGGGAAACAGGAUUUGGUUCUGAAGUAGAUGACAGGUUCUUCAAGCUUUCAGAAAUGGAGGCUUUCCUGGAGGAUGUGGAGAAGAAAGAAAUGGAUGGAGAUGAUGGUGAUAGUGAGAUAGAUUACUUCCAGGACAUUCCAUCAGGUGAAGAGGAUGAAUUGGACCUGGAAGAAGGUGUGAUGGCUAAAAGGAAGAAGCAAAAGAAAAGUUCGAGAAACCUGAAAUACAAGGACUUCUUCGACCCCAUUGAAGAGGGGUUGACCAAGGCAAGCCCAGCAGAAGAUGAUGGUUUGGAGUUUGAAGAUGAUGAAGAGGGAGAAACAACUAUGCAGGAGGAGGAAGAUGAUGAUGAUCAGGAGGAGUUUUAUGAAGAGGAAGACAUGAGUGAAAAUGAGGAGAGCCGGGAAGCCAGAGAGCCCUUGAAGAAGGUGACUUUUGAUCUACCGGAUGAAAGCGAGGGGGAGGAAAUGGAAGAAAUCUUUGGAGGAAAGAAACGGAAAGCAGAAGAGGAGGAGGGCAAGUCACCGUUUGAGAAACGACAAGCAAAGAUGGCAGAGAAGAUCCAAGAGUUGGAGAAGGCUGCGCUGCAAGAGAAGCCUUGGCAGCUCACCGGCGAGGCAACUGGGCAACUGCGACCGGAGAACAGCUUGCUGCAGGAGGACUUGGAGUUCGACCAGACUGCCAGAGUCGCCCCUGCAAUUACCGAGGAGACAACUUUAAAACUGGAGGACAUUAUCAAACAGAGAAUAAAGGACCAGGUGUGGGAUGAUGUGGUCCGCAAAGAAAAACCUAAGGAGGACGUGUUUGAGUACAAGAAGAGGCUGACCUUGGACCAUGAGAAGAGCAAGCAGAGCCUGGCUGAGGUCUACGAGCAGGAGUACCUCAAACAGGCAAAGAAGGUGGAGGAGGAAGAGAACCCAGCCCACGUGGAAAUCCAGAAGCUUAUGGACACUCUGUUGCUGAAGCUGGACGCUCUUUCCAACUUCCACUUCACGCCCAAGCCUCCGGUACCUGAGGUGAAGGUGGUCUCCAACCUACCGUCCAUCACCAUGGAAGAGGUCGCUCCCGUCAGUGCCAGCAGCACAACCCUCCUGGCUCCUGAGGAGAUCAAGGAGAAGAACAAGGCCGGCAACUUGCUUGGCGACUCGGAGAAGUCGGGCACAGAUAAGAAGCGGGAGCGGCGGAAGAAGAGGAGGAUGAAGCGAAUCCGGCUGCAGGAGAAGGAGAAGAAGCGAAAACUGCGGGAAGCCAGUAAAUCCGGGGAGAACAAGAAGCAGACGAAGGCGGAGGUGGCAGAGAGCCUGAAGAAGCUCGCGAAAGGAGGAGGAGCGACUCUGGUCAAGGACGACGGGAAGGACAAGGCCCUUCGAUCCUCUCAGGCAUUCUUCUCUCAACUGCAAGACCAAGUGAAGACGCAGAUCAAAGGAGCGAAAGACCAGGCGUCCAAGAAGAAGAAGCAGAAGCAGAUUUCAGCCAGCAAACUGAAACUGUAAUGGUGCUGUGCUUGGAACAUGUUUUUUGUAAGCUCACUUUUUAAUUUUUUUUUUUGUCUGUACAUGUACAAUCGAAGAUAAACACAAUAAAUACAAUUUGUGAAAGGACACUGUCCAAGUUAUUAAAAUUGUUAUAUACAGAUUUGUCAUUCAUACAUGAGACUUUGUGUUGGUUUAUGAAUUUGAUUGUGCUUUUAACUAACGGCCUCAAGCCAUUAAAAUGCAUUUUUGAUAA